GCCUUGGCUCUGCUAAUAGCAUCUGACGCUAGAGGGGCUGAAAAUAGCCCCUGGAGGAGGUGGAGGAGGGGGCUAUUUAAAGGGCCUGGGAGGAGCAGAGCUGAGAGGGAGUGAGCACUGAUCAUGGCGACUGCAGAGCUGAGCUGCCAGGUGUCCGAGGAGGACUGUGAGCGGCGAGAAGCCUUCUGGGCUGAAUGGAAGGAUCUGACGCUGUCCACACGGCCUGAGGAGGGUUGUUCUCUGCACGAAGAGGACACCCAGCGGCAUGAGACCUACCACCGGCAGGGACAGUGCCAGGCGCUGGUGCAGCGUUCCCCCUGGUUGGUGAUGCGUAUGGGCAUCCUCGGCCGCGGGCUGCAGGAGUACCAGCUGCCCUACCAGCGGGUGCUGCCACUGCCCAUCUUCACCCCCACCAAGAUGGGUGCUGCCAAGGAGGAGCGCGAGGACACCCCCAUCCAGCUGCGGGAGCUGUUGGCACUGGAGACAGCCCUGGGGGGGCAGUGUAUGGAGCGCCAGGAUGUGGCCGAGAUCACCAAGCAGCUGCCUCCCGUGGUGCCUGUCAGCAAGCCUGGUGCCCUUCGUCGCUCCCUGUCUCGCUCCAUGUCCCAGGAAGCACAGAGAGGCUGAGAGGGACGGUGACUCGGGCUCCACUGUGCCCACUGUGGGCUGGGCCCUUCCUGGCUAGGACCAUGGAGGGCAGCUGCUGGCCAUGGAUGCUUUGUAGUUUGCCCAGAGUUGGGGGCUGGGGGAGGAGGGAGCCAAAGGCCAGGAUGCCUGAGUUCCCAAAGGGAGGGGUGCAAAGACAGUGGGCACGAAGGGUGGAGAGCUGGGGGCCAGCACAGCCAAGUACCCCCAACCCCAGGAGAAGGGACAAAAGACGCUGGUGGGGACAAGAGGUCCUUGAGAGGAAUGAUCCUGGUCCAGGCUUCAGCUUCAGAGAAAGAUUAGGAAAAGUGUUAAGGGGAUCUGGAAUGCUCUGAGAAGGAGACUGGGAGAAUGGCGUGAGGGGGACGUGAAGAAGGCAGAGGUAGAGUGGGGCCCCCAGCAUCCUCUGUUAGUGCUGCAAUAAAUGCUCAAUCGCGUUCCAGA